AUGAGUGACAUAAUCAGCUUUUGGGGAAUUUUCUGGAUUGAUGGAAGUUCGUAUGAGAAUGCCAAGCACUCGUACGCAGAGAUCGGCAAGGUCGGGGGUGUUGAGUCGAAUGAGAACGCAGCGAAGAACUGGCUUUCUAGCAUCCAGCAACCGUGGCUCCUUCUUAUUGACAAUGCUGAUGAUCCUGAUAUUGAUGUCACUCAAUUCUUCCCCGGGGGAGAAGGGGGUGUGAUCCUCAUCACUACUCGCAAUCCUACCAACAGAAGGCAUGGCACAGAGGGAUCUGGAUUCUUCCAUUUCGAGAAUCUUGAGGUUGACGAAGCUAGUGACCUUCUAUUGGCCGCUGCAGUGUUCCCGCGUCCGUGGGAGAUAGCGACAAGGGAGUACGCUCGCAAAGCCGCCCAGAUUCUUGGAUAUCUUCCUCUUGCGGUUAUACAUGCUGGAAAAGCCGUUCUCGAGCGACUUUGCUCCCUGAGCGAAUAUCCCGACUACUACCAGAGAACAUGGGAUAGGAUUCGCCGUUCCAGAAGCAGGAUUACUUCACGGGGCCACGAAAACGCGCACAAAUCGGACAUGAGUGUUUACUCUUCAUACGAAAUGAUAUAUCUGGGCCUUGAAAGCAAGGAUGAUUUCGAAUCAAAAGAUGCUUUGGAGCUUUUGAAAAUUUUCUCGUUCUUCCAUUGGAGAGAACAGGAGGAUCGACGGGCCAAGCAGCGCUCAGAGAAACCCAACAAGACUCAUAGUGUACCAAAGACAUGGAAGAAAACAUUUGAAGGGUGGGCCACUUCGGUAAUAGAGCCACUCACCAGGCCGGGCCUUGUUCUUCCUGCUGUCUUACGUGACGAAGAUGACCAGCCGUUUUAUGAAUAUAGGUUGCGUGGUGCACUUUACCUCUUGAAACGGCUUGGUAUGUUGACCUCACAUGCUGGGAAUGAUAGUUAUUGGAUGCACCCACUUGUUCAUACCUGGGUUCGACAGAGACCCGAGACCAGCACGGCAGAACAAGCUCUAUGGUGCCAGGCAGCGGCAACGGUGCUGGCGCAGUCCAUAUUCUUCAAGCCCCCAGACGCAUAUACUCUUCAGGAUGACUACUUGAAGCGGCAGAUAUAUCCCCAUGUGGAGAACGUGCGCAAGUUCCAAGCAGAACUAAAUGCACGCUUUGAAGAAAAUCUCAGCACUCGCGGCUGGCCUUGGUCAAUGACUUGGCUCACCCCACGCGCUAGCUUUGGGAGACUCCAAGCGACCCAGACUGCAAAAUUUAGUUUAGUCUACCUGAAUUGCGGAUACUGGGCUAAGGCGGAAGAACUCCAAAUUCAAGUGAAGGAUUUUGUAUUCUCACGCCUAGGCCCCGAGUCUGAACCUGGAAUCGCGAUAGCCUUGCUGUUAUCCAAUGUGUAUGCGAUACAGACCAGAAACAACGAGGCAAGAGAACUCCAGUAUCAGGUUCUUGGAUAUGCGAAAAGCUUCUAUGGUCCCAAACAUCCGACCACCCUACACAUCAUGGACACUCUUGGCGCCACUUGUAACAUGGGAACCAGGCUUCGUGAGGCCAAUCAGUUACACCAGGAAGUCAUUGAUACACUGUCAACGUUGGAAGGGAUUGGCCCUAACCACGAGAGCACAUGGACUGCCGUGGAGAAUCUCGCCAAAGUCAAGCUUCGCUAUUUGGACACAGAAUUGGCCAUCGACCUGCAAUCGCAGGCGUAUGAAGGGUUUCUCAAUCUGCUGGGUCCAAAGCAUCCCAAAACAUUGGUCGCUCAACUUGAUCUUGCUGACAUUGGUGGAUUCAGGGGCGAAGACCAUCUAGAGCCAUCCUUAAGAACAAUCGAAGAACUGGUGUAUCAUUUCACUAAGAAGUUGGGACGAGAGCACCCGCUCACACUCAGGUCUAAAUUGACCAUGGCAAAGAUCAAGAUAGCCCUGAAUAUGUUCGAGGAGGCGGAGGAGUUAUUCUGA